AUGGCUUACCAGUUCGUCGUUCUCUCCACCCUCGUGGCUGUUGCCACCGCUGCCGCCGUCGUCCCGGCCUACGCCCCCGCCGCGUACGCCGCCCCCGCCUACCCUGCCUACGCCGCCAAGGUUGUGGCUCCCGCCUACGCCGCCGCCCCCGCCUACGCUCCUGCCUACGCCAAGGCCGUCGACGCCGACUACGACCCCAACCCCAGCUACAGCUACUCUUACGACAUCAAGGACGCUCUGACCGGAGACUCCAAGAGCCAACAAGAGAGCCGUCAGGGAGAUGCUGUCCAGGGAUCCUACAGCCUGGUCGAGCCUGACGGUUCAGUCCGUACCGUUGAGUACACCGCUGACCCCCACAACGGAUUCAACGCCGUCGUCCACAAGACCGCCCCCACAUACGCCGCCCCCGCUUACGCCGCCCCUGCCUACGCUCCUAAGGUCGCCUACGCCCCCAAGGUCGUUGCCCCCGCCGCCCCCUACUACGGUUAA